AGAUGGGCGGCGUGAAGCGGGGGCGCGGCGGGGCGGGCGCGGUCGGUCAGCUCUGCGCCAGCGCGGGGACGUGCGGCGCGUCGGGCCUGGAGGCGCGGGGGCGUGUGGGCGGUGUGGCGGGGCGAGGGCCCGGGUCGGCGGCCGGCAUGGAGCCGCGGCUCGGGCUCCACGAGCUGCUGCACGUCUUCUCCUUCCUGGAGGCCCGGGACCUGCUCUGCGCCGCGCAGGUGGACAAGGUCUGGAAUGAAGUUUCAAGGACCAAGGAACUGUGGAGGCAGCUGUGUCUGAGGCGCUGGUCCUCAUGCAAAGCCUCCCAGAUGACCUUGGGCACGCAGACGUGGAAACAGUACUAUCUCUGCCGGGCCGAGCUGGAGUUCCGAAUGGAAUGUGGGCGGCCGGAGAAGGACUUCAUCUGCAAAGCCAUUGCUGGGCACGAAGGAGGCAUAGACGAGCUGGCCUACGUCUCAAACAGCGGGUGCCGGUUUGAUGGGCAGGAGAAGUCGGUGGUGUGCACCGUGUCCUCGGACAGCACUGUGCGUGCCUGGGAUGUGCAGGAGGGCGCAGAGAUCUGGUCAAGCCCCGUGCAGCCUGCCGCUCUGGUGAGUUUGGUGACCUUCCCCCGGCUGCAGCUGGUUGUCACCGUGGACAAGCUGGGCCUGGCCAAGGUGUGGAAGGCGGAGAACGGCCGGGAGUCGGCCUCCUUCUGCCUGCCUGCGCGCUCGGCCGCCUUGCAGGCCUGUGACCGUCCGGAGCGCCCCUUCCUGCUGGUGGCCUCUGCGGAGGGCAUGCUGUAUGCGCUGACUGUGCCCCACCUGCGGCUGCUCUCCAGGACUGGGGUGUUUCCAGGCAGCCCCACCAGCCUCCUCUGCUCUCCUGACUGCCAGUGGGUGUUCGCUUCGACCCAGGACUCAGACCUGGGCCCAAAGGUGUUCUACACUCGCUCCCUGCUCGCUCCGGUGGAAGAGGAGCCUCCCGUCUCUACCACUCUGCCCAUCUGGCAGAUUUCCAGAGCCUGCUGGGCCCCUGACGAGACGGCCAGGCUGAUGGUGAUGCACAGAAACCAUGACAGCGGGCAGCUGGCCAUCACCACCUAUGAACUGGAGGCCAAACAGUCCCAGGAGGGAGUGGACGUUGUGGUACAACAGAUUGCAAGUUUCCUCCUGCCAGACACCAUGACGCCUCCUCACCUCAUGAAGGCCCACGGCUCUCAGGUGAUCCUGCUGGUGUCGGGCUUGGAGCUGGUGCUCUUCACCGUCCAGGGCCUGCAGCUGGCAGCCUUCCAGGACCACCAGAAGCCCAUCACGGCCCUGUGGGUGGACGAGAGUCGAGUCCUCACUGCUUCCUUCGACCUCUCCCUGCGCGUCUACGUGUGGAGCAAGGAGAAUCCGCUUCCUGUCCUGAAGAGCUGCUAUCACCUGCUCGGGGGCUCCCACAGAUGGGCCAGUGGAUUCACCCACGUGGAGAGCGACAGUGUGAGCAUCGUGGGUGUGGAAGCCAGAAACAUCGGGACGAGCAUUCUGAGGUCAUACUGUUUCAACAUCCAGCGUGGCUCAGAUGAUUGUGUCAACUGAAGAUAAUCUCACUCUGGUGAAAAGCUUGUCUGCAUACAAACUGAUUAUUUUAUCAACACUGGAAAAGGAAGGAGCAAUUCUCAUAGGCCUCUUAUGGGCCAUGCACUGUGCUAUGUGACUUUUUUUUUUUUUCUCACAACAGGCCUAUGAAGAAUAUAUGACGUUUCUAUUUCUCCAGCUGGGAGCCUGACCAGUAACAGAGUCACCCAUACUGGCCUGUUGUCUGGCUGCACUGCCACCUGCCCAGGCUUAUUCAGACCAGUAAGUGGGAGAGAGGAAUGGAUGCAAGGAGGCCCACGUUCAAGGUGCUGCACUUGUAUCCUCAUUGUUGUGUUGUUCAGAUAUGUAAUAAAGUAAGGAGAUGCUUUUUUCCCUAUUCUGUCACGUGCUUUAGACACACAUUAAUAAAUAGCUGUGUGGCGCCACACUGCAGAACCGCAGGGACACCAUUUUGUAUUCUGUGCGCGUGGCACCCCCAGAGGUGGUCCGCAGGGAAGCCCCGGCUGCCGUGGGGGGCAUAUCCGUUGAGUUCCCAACGGCAGGCAGCAGGAGAGAAGGCUGGCUAACACCAAGGAAGGAGUUUACUGGCAGGAAAUAGAGCUGCGCACUAGGUCAGAGGGAAGGCUGGAGAAGCAGACGCGGACCCCCAGGAAGCAGGCAGCAGGCAUUAAGCAAGGCCUCGCCUGCUGUCGUCUGGCCAGGUGCCCCUGUGCUGCUGCCGCUGCGUGCGACGUACUGACGCUGUCUGAACACGUCCUGGCUGCUCCGAUGCUCCGAACACCAGGAUGCGCGUGUUUCUGGCUUCACCACAUGCCCGCGCCGCCCGGGCCGGGAUGGGAGAGAGGGACCUCUUCAGCUUCGAUGGAGUGGCUGCCAGUUGACUUGCACUGUGAAAAAGUCUUCAAAAAUAGGAAAACUUCUUGAGAGCCAAUGAGGGUUAAAACCUCUCAACUACAACCUGCUGCUCCAGCUGUGCAGAACCGCAACCCCGUAGCUCCUGAGCCCCGUACGGACAGGCCCACAUAUAGUCAUUUCCCCAAAAGGAAAAAAAAUCUGUGGCCUCCCCCCACCUUUAAAAUCUAAGAUAAGGCUUAUUUUCGGAUCAUUUUAGGUUUACAGAAAAGCUGGAAAGGCAGUGCCGUAAGGUAUAUGGAUAUGCCUUUUGCCCGGCCUCCCCCUGGUGUGAGUAUCUUACAUAACAGAGAUUUGGAAACCCGGGGUCCUUGUCCUCUCGAAGUCAGAACUCUGUUAAUCCUAGUACAGUCCUGUCUGGUCGUCAGCGGUCCUCGUGCGUCCUGCAUAAAGCCAUGGAGGAAAGGGAGAGGAGACAAGAAAUUCGCUAAAAUAAACACGUGACACAGCAAGAAAGGAAACAGCUGUUUCAUUCCGAAGACGAAGAAAGUCCAGGCGGCCAAAAAAAUGUAAACAGUAGGAAGCCGGAUGCUGCUCCGUGUUUGCGGACGCAUGGACACAGGAUGGAGGACACGGAACCCAGUAAUGGAGGCUGCCUCGGUCCUGUUCACAUGUGAACAUCUUUGGCCAAUCCAAGGCCUCUGCACAAGGGCCGGAUGUGUGAGAAGAGUCUGCCUGGCAGCCAGAGGAUGGUCAUCCUGUUGCUGUAUCACUGAGAGCCUUCCCUGUAGUACAUGGUCUCUGGUGGGCUUUCAGUGUCUUUCAGGGACAUCCCAAGUGGCGCUGUAAUGAGGCAGCAGAGGCCCCACAGGCCAUUUCCGCCAACACCCACACAACAAGCCAACCCAGUUGUGAUUCACUCUGAGUCCUUUCUUCAUGCUGGUUAUUGGUAGGAGCCCCCCAAGAAGCAUGGGAACUGUCAGGAGAGGCAGCACAGGCUCUGCUGGUACCUGAUUCUCUAUACCAACCUAGAGGCAAUGAAAGUGAGGUCCUCAGGAGGACAGACAUCAUCGUUCAAGGCAUCCACCUCAGGUCUUCCUUGGAGAAGUACCUGUUCAUGCCUUCUGCCCAUUUCUUGACUGGAUUUUUGUUUAGGUGUUGAGUUUGUAGGUGAAUGGAUAAACUGUGGAAUACCCAGUGGGAUACUGUUUGACGAUAAAGGGACUGAGCUACUGAUUCACGCAUCAACAUGAAGAAAUCUGAAAUACAUUUUGCUGGUCUCUUCAAUAAAUGGUGUUCAGAGAAUUGGACUACUAUACGGAAGAAUGAAACUCAACUAUUCUCUUAUACCAUUCACAAAGAUUAACUCUAAAUGGAUGAAAGACCUCAAUGAGACAGGAAUCCAUCAAAAUCCUACAGGAGAACAUAGGCAGUAGCCUCUUCCACAUCGGCCACAGCAGCUUCUUUCAAGAGACAGCUCCAAAGGCAAGGGAAACAAAAUGAAUUUCUGGGACUUCACCAAGAUAAAAACCUUCUGUACAGCAAAGGAAAUAGUCACAAAAAAAGAGGCAACCCACAAAAUGGCGAAGAUAUUUGCAAAUGACACUACAGACAAUGGGCUGAUAUCCAAGAUCUAUAAAGAACUCCUCAAACUCAACACCCAAAAAACUGACAAUCAAGUAAAAAAAAAAACAAAAAAACGGGCAAAAGACAUGAGCAGACACUUCUCCAAUGAAGACAUACCGAUGGCUGACAGACACAUGAAAAAAUGUUCAUCAUCAUUAGCCAUCAGGGAAAUACAAAUCAAAACCACAAUGAGUGGUUACCACCUUACACUAGUUAGAAUGGCAAAAAUUAACAAGGCAAGAAACAACAAAUAUUGAGAGGCUGUGGAAAAAGGGGAACCCUCCUAUCCUGUUGGUGGAAAUGCAUGAUGGUACAGCCAAUUUGGAAAGCAGUGUGGCAGUUCCCCAAAAAACCAAAAAUAGAGCUACCCUAUGACCCAGCAGUUGCACUACUGGGUAUUUACCCCAAAGAUACAGAUGUAGAGAAAAGAAGGGCCACAUGCACCCCAGUGUUAAUAUCAGGAAUGUCCACAAGAGCCAAACCGUGGAAGGAGCCAAGAUGUGCCGCUUCCAGUCGGUGACAAGAGAAGAAUUAGGCACAAACAGUCAGCUGCAAGAGAUUGGGAGCAGGGGACAACAGUCGAAAAGGACUGCUGCCCCGACCAACUCCACCAUCUCACUUUUACUGGAUAGAAACAAUGGCUAACAGAAGGACCGAUGAAGGUCAAACGUUAGUCACGUCUUGCAGGCAAGCAAGGAGGAUCAAGUUUAUAGUUAACCAAGCACAUUCAAAGGACUCAUCUAACAACGGGCGCUUCUGGGAAGAGAAAGGAGCUAUAACAAAAAAGGGAAGCAGGUGGUUUUCGUUCCACCCUGAGCUGACCGGGCAUUCCCGGGUGCUCGGCUUCCCUGAAGCAGGCGGCCUUCCGUCCUGGGUGGGCCGAGCGUUCCCGGCUGCCCGGCUUCUGUGAGGGGCGGCAUUCCGCCCUGAGCGAGCCGGGCAUCCCCAGCUGCCCAGCUUCACGGUCGUACAUCGCCCUUCUCCCCAAAGACCUGUUGCCAGUAUAUAUAUUUCUUAAGGCCAUAUCUAAAUGUGCUUGGUAACUAGUAAAAUCCUCCAGGGGUUACAGUUUAAGUAACAAAUCGUUCCGAGGGGCAGCAGCAGAGAUGUCCUUCAACAGACAAAUGGAUAAAGAAGUUGAGGUCCAUAUAUACAAUGGAAUAUUACUCAGCUGUCAGAAAGGAUGCUACCAUUUGCAUCAACAUGGAUGGAACUGGAGGAGAUCAUGCUAAGUGAAAUAAGUCAAGUAGAGACAAACAAUUACAUGGUUUCAUUCAAAUGUGGAAAUAAGGAAUAGUGUGGAGGACAAUAGGGGAAGGGAGGGAAAACUGAAUGGGAAGAAAUCAAGGAGACAAACCAUGAGAGAUUCUUGCCUCUGAGAAGGAAAGGAGGGUUGUACAAAGAAAGGUGGGUGGGGUGGAUGGGGUAAGUGGGUGAUGGGCAUUAAUAGGGAAUGUGAUGUCUUGAGUACAGCAUGUUCUACACAGCUGAUGAAUCACUGAACACUACAUGUGAAACUAAGAUAUGUUGGUUAAUUUCAUUUAAAUUAAAUAAACAUUUCAUACAGUGCAGGAGAUAACAAAUCUAAAUAGCAACCUACUGAAUAGAAGAUGUUUGCAAAUGACAUACCCAAUAGAGUUUAUAUGCAAACUAUAUAAAGAACUGAUACAACUCAAUACCCAAAAAACAAUUCAAUUGAAAAAUGGCAGAAACAUGGACAGACGUUUCUCCAAAGGGCAUCCAGAUGGUGAAGAGAUCUGAAAAGAUGCUCAACAUGUGUCAUCACCAGAAAAAUGCAAAUCAAAACUACAAUGAGAUACCACCUCACACCUCUGAGAAUGGGAAAAAUCAACAACCCAAGAAACAAGUGUUAGUGAGGAUGUGGAGAAAAACUCUUACACUGGGAGUGGGAUGCAAACUGGUGCAGCCACUGAGGAUAACAGUAUAGAGGCUCCUCAGAAACUUAAAAGAGAUCUACCCUACAUUCCAGAAAUAAUGCCAGUGGCUAUAUACCAAAUAACACAAAAACACUAACUCAAAGGGAUAUGUGUACCACCACUCCCCCGAUGUUUAUAUCAGCAUUAUUUACAAUAGCUGAAUCAUGGAUGCAGCUCAAGUGUCCAUUGAUAGAUGUGGAAGAUAUUGUGUAUACAUACACACACACACACACACACACACGCGCGCGCGCGCGCGCACGAAUAUUAUUCAGCCAUGAAAAAAGAAUAAAUUUUGCCAUUUGUAAGGAUAUGGAUAGGCCUAGACAGUAUAAUUGUAAGUGAAAUAAGUCAGAGAAAGACAAACCAUAUGAUUUCUCUAUGUGGAAUUUAAGAAACAAAACAAAAAUUAAAAGAAAAAUAGAAAAAAAAAAAACACCAAGAGGCUCUUAACUAUGGAGAACAAUUUAUAGUUACCAGAGGAGAGGUUGGUAGAAGGAUGGCAGAAACAGGUGAUGGCAAUUAAGGAGUGCACUGGUCAUGAUGAAGUUCGGGUGAUACAUGGAAUUGAUGAAUCACUAUACUGUAAAUCUGAAAGUAAUAUAUGCUAAUUACACUGGAAUUUAAAUGAAAAAAGAAACUAAAGACAUAAAUCGAAAGACAGUCCAUGCUCGUGGAUAAGAAAAACUAUGUUCAAGUGUUCAUACUACCCAAAGCGAUCUACAGAUUAAAUGCUAUCUCUAUGAAAAUUCCAAUGGCUUUUUCACAGAAAUAAAACAGUCCUAAAAUUUGCAUGGAAUCCAAAUACCCAGAGCAAUUUUGAGAAAGAACAACAAACCAUCAUUCUUCUUGAUUUCAAAUGAUCUAACAAAGCUUCAGUAAUUAAAACAGUAUAGUACUGGCUUGUAAAAAUAGACACAUGGAUCAAUGGAACAGAACAAAAAGCCCAAAAGUAAAAUUCAUGCACAUAUUAUCAAUUUAUGAUAAAUGAUAUGCAAGAAUAUGCAAUAAGCAAAGGGCACUCUUUUCAAUAAACCAUUUUGGGAAAACCAGACUAAACUUAUACCAUACAGAAAAUGAACUCAAAAUGGAUUAAAGAUAUGAAUGUAAGACCUGAAAUCAUAGAACUUCCAGAGGAAAACAUAGGGUGUAUUUAAGUUUCUUGACAUUCAUCUUGAUGAUUUUUUUUUAUAUGACCCAAAAGCAAAGACAAAGCAAAAAUAAGUGGAACUACGUAAAAGUAAAAGCUUAUGGAUGCAAAGGGAACCAUCAACAAAAUGAAAAGGCAACCUACAGAAGAGAAAAUGUGUGCAAUUCAUAUAUCUGAUAAGAGAUUAAUAUACAAGGUAUAUAAAGAACUCAUAAUUAAAACUUCUGUGCAUAAAAGAACAUUAUCAAUAGAGUGAAAAGUGAAUACAAAAUAGUGUAGUCACUGUGGAAAACAGUACACUGGUUCCUCAAAAAACAGAACAUAGCUACUAUAGGAUCCACUAAUUUCACUUCUGAGUAUAUACCCAAAAGAUAUGUGAACGGCAGCAUUAUUCACAAUAGGUAAAAGAUGAAAGCAGCUCAGCUGUCCAUCAACAGAUGAAUGGAGAAACAAAAUGUGAUACACACACACACACACACACACACACACACACGAUGUUAUAUUAAGAAAACAAAUUCUGAUACAUGCUUCAGAGUGUUUGAAUCUUGAGGACAUUACACUAAUGGAAGUAAGCCAGUCACAAAAAGAAAAAUAUGGUAUAAUUCCACCUAUAUGUGGUAUCUGGAGUAGUCAAAUUAUAGAAACAAAGUAGAAUUGUGGUUGCCAAGAGAAUAGAGGAAUGGGGAGUUCUUGUUUAAUGGGUACAGAGUUUCAGUUUUGAGCAGCUGAAAAAGCUCUGAGGAUGGAUGAUGAUGGCUGUUGCACAACAGUGGGAACGUACUUAAUGUCACUGAACUGUACACUUAAAAAUGGUUAAAAUAUUGAAUUUUAUGUAUAUAUUACUCCAAUGUUUAAAAAUUUAACCAACAAAAAAAUGAACUCCUACAACAGCAAAAACAAAAAAAUCUGUUUAAAAAAUGGGUAGAGGACCUAGAUAGAUAUGUGCCUAAAGAAGACAUAUAGAUAGCCAAUAGAUACAUAAAAAGAAACCCUACAUCAUUAAUCAUCAGGGAAAUGCAAAUGAAAAACUAUGAUAUCACCUUACAACUGUUAGAAUGGCUAUUACCAGGAAGACAAAACAAGUUUGGUGAGGAGGCGGACAAAAGUGAACACUUGCAUCCUCCUGGUGGGAAUGGAAAUUGGUGUAGCCACUAUGGAAAACAGUAUGGAGGUUCCUCAAAAAAUUAGAAAUAUAACCGCCAUAUAAUCCAGCAAUCCCAUUUCUGGUUCUUUAUCUGAAGGAAAUGAACUCACUACCUCAAACAGAUAUCUGCACCACCAUGUUCACUAAAGCAUUAUUUAUAAUAGUCAAAAUAGAGAAGCAACCUAAGAGCCCAUUGUUGGAUAAAUGGAUAAAGAAGUGUGAGAAAUAAUAUACAUACACACAUAUAAUAGAGUAUUAUGCACCCACAAGAAAUAAGAAAAUUCAGCUAUUGUGACAUCAUGGAACAGACUCAGCUAUAGAGAACAAAAGGAUGGCAGAGGGGAGCUGGGUAGUGGGGACAGAUGAAAAAGUGAGAGAUUAAAAGUACACAUACCUUGACAAGCACUAUGUAAUACAUGGAAUUUUCUUUUUAAUUUAUAUUCAGCUAACCUACAUAUACUGAGUUCCUAAGUUUCAGAUGUAGAGUUCAGUAAUUCAUCAGUUGCAUGUAACACCCAAUUCUCAUCACAUCAUGUGCCCUCCUUAAAUACAUGGAAUUGCUGAAUAACUGUAUUGUAUACCCAAAACUAAUAUAACACAGUGUGUUAACUACAUUAGAGAAGAGUAUGGACUUCAGGAAACAGACUGAGGGUUUUAGAGGGGAGAGGGUGGGGGGGAUGGGUGAGCCUGGUGAUGGGUAUUAAGGAGGGCACAUAUUGCCUGGAGCACUGAGUGGUGCAUAAGUAAUGAAUUUUGGAACAUUGAAAAAAUAAAUUUUUUUCAAAGUCUAGUUUGUCCAAUAUAAAAAAAUCUAGUUUGUCCAAUAUAAAAAAAAUCUAGUUUGUCCAAUAUAAAAAAGUCUAGUUUGUCCAAUAUAAAAAAAAACUAAAAGCUUUUACAAAGGUACAAACUUCUAGUUAUAAGUUCUGGGGAUGUAAUAUAUGGCUUGGGGACUACAGUUAACAAUAUUGUAUAUUUCUAAGGGAGUAGAUCUUAAAAAGUCUCAAGAGAAAAAAAAUUCUACCUGUGAGAUGAUGGAUGUUAAAUUUAUUAUCAUGAUCAUUUUACAAUAAUACAUUUAUCAAAUCAUUAUAUUGUUCAGAAUACUGUAUGUCAAUUACAUCUCAAUUUAAAAAACCCUACAUAUUCUACCUUACAGAAAAUAGAAACAAUGAAAAAACUGGCAAUGAAGCCAACCCAGGAGGAGCUUUUUUGGUGUAAUUACACCACUACCUCUCAAGGUACCACCCUUGAAGCUACAAAAGCUGUAAACCACCUGCCCUAGACAGUGACAAUGGAGCAGGUGGUCCUACAGUGAAACACAGCAACAUUCUCAUAAAUAGGCAGAAAUGGGCUAAAUGUGUAAUACAACUGACAUCUAUUUUUGAAAUAACUUGGCCCACCUGUGAGGACCCCCUGUGUGAGUGCCCCAUGGCCAAGGAUCUAAUUUGGUACACCGCUAAAUGAACAACUUUUCAAACCACCAAGAGCACCUGUGAGGCUCAUUCCACACCCAUGAAAGCACACUGAAUGCAAUCUGGGGGAAGCUCAAUCACUAAUGCACAAUAAUCUUAGCUAGAAGGAACACACAACUGCUCACCAAACCAAACCUGCACAUGGCCUUAGCCAUCAUGAUAUAUACCUAAUCAGACCACUCCAUGCUGGUCUUGAUUCUGACAACUUGAUUUUGGUGCACAUAUGCAUAAUAAUUCUCCCCUUGCCAAAGUCUCCAGUAAACCUCACUCAUCAACAUGCACCUACUCCCCUUCAACAACACUCAACAGCAGCACAGACAUUCAGUGAAUCUGUGUGAGGCUAGUCACAGAAAUGUGUGGGUACUGGUGGGCUAAAACCCACUUCAUCAACCCAGGUGCGGAGUGUGAAGUUCACACCCAUGCCCCUCAGACAAAGACACCACUUGGAAUUGCAUUAAGCCACAUAAACUUGCCUUUCUCAGGAACAGAGCAUGCUGGGAGCAGAGGGAGUGUGGUGGACCUGAAGGAGAAUCAAAUGGCCUCCCUGUCACAAGCUUUCCUCCAACCUGGCAUAUACAUAGACUGGUAUCUGGCUCAAAAUCCCAGUAAAUUUUUACUCAGCAAGGGACUCUCCCAAGUACUUGUGUCCACAAACCAUGCUAGCUCAACCUCUCCAAUGCCACAAACAAGUUCUCCCAGCAGUCCCCCUGGUGUUAACCACUCUACCAUCAGCAAUUCUGAGCAGGUAUGCAGUACACCUCACAACAAUUAAAAGAAAACAGCUGUGUUCAUGGAAUUAUCCACAGAAACUAAACCGCCCAGGGACUAGGACUCUUGGCUGAAUGUUAGUGUACUUUAGGACCAUGAUAAUAGGUAAUUGCAAAGCCUUAGAUUUCUUUUUUUUUUUUCUUAAAGAUUUUAUUUAAUUAUUUGACAGAGAUCACAAGUAGACAGAGAGGCAGGCAGAGAGAGAGAGGAAGGGAAGCAGGCUCCCCGCUGAGCAGGGAGCCUGAUGCGGAGCCCCAUCCCAGGACCCUGAGAUCAAGACCUGAGCCAAAGGCAGAGGCUUUAACCCACUGAGCCACCCAGGCACCCCAAGCCUUAGAUUUCUUAAGUGCGGUUAAGGGGGCGGGGAGAGUCUGUACACUUGCUAACAUAUCUUGCUGCUUCUGCACUGGUAAUACUCACCAAGCUUUAACAGAUAGCCAGGGACAUACAUCAACGGGGCCAUAAUACCACUUCACUGACUAGACAGAUCGAACAAGUAAAAAUCUCCUUUUCUGACCUAUUCUCCUGGACUUCUCCCCCAGCUGGCUAUAAAUGGGCUUUGAAAUACUGCUUUGUGCCUUUGUAGGAUAUGGGAUCUUUAGAAUGCUUUAUUACUGGCUCCAGAUUCAGGCAAUACAAAGUAACACACAAUUUCAACUAUAAAACAAACAUGGAGCCAGCAGAUGGGCUGUUGUGUAAAUGAGCCAAAGAUGCCCCAUAUAUUGGCCCCAAUGCUGUUUAUUUCUUCAUAGCAGGCUGAGACUUCUAAUUCAAAGCAUACUGGUACCAAAUUCAAUUUUUUAAAACACAUUUUUACAUAUGUGUUUUAAGUACAAUCCAAAUAAGCCCACUUAAAGCCCAACUGCUCUGCACACCCUGUGAAACUGCACCCAACAUUUGCUAGCCACAGAUAAGGCAAACACUGGUGUUGUAAAAGACUCUACACUGCUGCUGCCUUUCAGACCAUAUGAACGUGCCCAAAUUUAUGUUGUCAUCCUAACCCCCAGUAUCUCAGAAUGUGAUUUUAUUUGGAGAUAGGGUCUUUAGAGAGCUGAAGUAAAAUUAAGGUCAUUAGGGUGAACCCUAAUCCGAUGUAACUGUGGCCUUACAAGGAGAUCAGGAGACAGACAUGCACAUGCACAACUCUACAAGGAUACAGGGAGAAGGCAGCCACCUACAAGCCAAGAGGAGACCUCCAGAGAAACCUGCCCUGCUGACACCUUAACUCUAGAUUUCUAGCCUCCAGAACUGAAAGAAACAAUGUGUUUUAAGCAAUUUAGUUUGUGCUAUCUUGCUACAGCAGCCUGAGCAAACCAGUGUACCUUCCAUCUUGUUGCUAAGCAACACUGCCUAGACACCUACGCUCCCUACAUGAAACCUCCUCUCUCCUAGGAGGGCCUAUGCUCUGUUCCCCUUCUUGGCAAUAGUCCUGUACCACUGCCUCUAGUAGGUCUCCUCCUGUAAAGGACUUUGCCCCUCAUGCAACCCACCAAACACCACCCAAAUAAAGCUUACUGUGUACUUCUGC